GAUCAUAAUGCGUGCAGCCAUGUUCAAACAAUUUUUCAAAACGGUUGUUGCAACCUUCCCCCACUAGAAAACCAUAGCCAAGGCCCUGGAGAAGAUGACCAUACGGAGGACGAAGAAGGCAUGGCAAUUCCCAUGUCAAAAAGGAGAUCUAAAUUUCCCAGAAAAGAAGAAACAAAACAAUGUUGUUUCUGUUAUUCCUUUUUGUGUAGGAUUCUUUAUCGAGUCCCUCUUGUAAUUUUCCUUUUGAUCCUUGUCUUCCUUUGGUCAUCCUCUGCUACUAUCAUCUCAGGCCAUGUUGUUCGUGUUUGUGUCUCCUCCCGUAAGCUUAACAAUCUUUAUUGCCUAUCUGCCGGUACUGAAGGAAAUAUCGAAAUCCCGGUUCCAAGAAAUGUUUUUACCAACGCAAGUAACAAUUCCAAUGUCAAAGAUUUUGUCGCCGUGUUUGAUGAUCAGACUGGUCCGGUUGUUAGAGCCCACUUUGACAAUCGUGGAAAGGGAGGGGCUGAAAGAGAUAAGAAGGAUACUUCCAACAACGAUUCCAGCGUCAAAGAUAGUGUCAAUGUAUUUGAAGCCAAUAAAGAUCCAGUUUUCAGAACCAACGUUGGCAAUGAUGAAGAAGAAGAGGCUGAAAAGGCUAAGAAGGAUAAUUCCAGGAUUGAUUCCAAUGCCAAAGGUAUUGUCAAUGUGGUUCGAGCCAAUAAAGAUCCAGAUAUCAGAACCAAUUUUUACGAUGAUGCAGAGAAUGAGGUUAAACUAGCUAAGAAGGUUGUUGAAGAUCUUUUACAUGAGCAACGAUCCUGGAGGGCGGAAGAGAAGGCUGCAACUUGUGAAAGGAGGGGAAUUUUUGUGUAUGAUUUGCCUACUAAAUUCAACAAGGAUUUAGUAGGUCAAUGUGAUGACAUGAUGCCGUGGUCAAACAUUUGCAAGUUUUUCAAUAAUGAUGCUUUCGGUGAAGCCAUCCCAGAGCUUGGUCAGGGAUGGUUCAACACUCAUCAGUAUGCUUUAGAGCUAAUUUUUCAUAAAAAAUUAUUGAAGCAUCCCUGCAGGGUUUAUGAUGAGAGGGAAGCCAAACUUUUUUAUGUGCCAUAUUAUGGUGGCUUAGAUAUAUUGAGAUGGCAUUUCAGAAAUGUCUCUCAUGAUGUUAAGGAUUCUCUAUCACUAGAGCUGGUGAAAUGGCUUGAGUCCAAAGAUUCUUGGACUCAACAUUCUGGUAAGGAUCAUGUAUUUGUCUUGGGAAAAAUAUCGUGGGAUUUCAGGAGAUGUGAUGGUUCAUGGGGAACAAGGUUCUUGGAGCUUGAUCAAAUGCAAAAUCCCAUAAAGCUCUUGAUUGAAAGGCAGCCAUGGCAUGUGAAUGACAUCGGAAUCCCUCAUCCUACAUACUUCCACCCUCAUUCAGAUGAAGAUAUUAUCAACUGGCAACUCAAGGUCAUCCGGUCACAACGCAAGAGCCUAGUCAGUUUUGCUGGGGGAGCAAGGCCUGGUCAAACAGAGAAUAUAAGAUCGAUAUUGAUCGAUCAGUGCACAUCUUCACAUAUGGAGACUUGCAAGUUCUUAAAUUGUAGUUCAGGUGCAUGUGUUAAACCCAAACCAGUUAUAGAUCUGUUCAUGGAAUCCGAAUUCUGCCUACAGCCUCCCGGGGAUAGUCCAACAAGAAAAUCAGUCUUUGAUUCACUUAUUUCAGGUUGCAUUCCUGUACUAUUUGACCCUUUUACUGCAUAUUAUCAAUAUCCAUGGCAUUUACCGGAGGAUCAUAGUAAAUAUUCAGUGUUUAUAGACCAAGAGGAGGUGAGGAAUAUGAAGGUGAAUAUGGUAGAGAGGCUGAUGAAGGUUUCAGAAAAGGAAAAAGAGAACAUGAGAAGGUAUAUAGUAUAUGAAUUGUUACCAGGGUUGGUAUAUGGAGAUUUAGAUUCUAAGCUUGAGAAGUUUCAGGAUGCAUUCUCAAUUACCAUAAACAAUCUGCUUGAAAGGGUGAACAGAUUGAUUUAGUGUCUACAAUAGUUUACAUGUUUUUAUUUUUAUUUUUUGUUUCUU